AUGUGCCUCAUGAGUGGUGGCUGUGUUGCAGAAAAAACUUGUAACGCUAAAUUGUAUGUUGACGAGGUUAAAACUACAAUAUUAAAAGAAGAAACUGAAUACAAUCAUCUCCCUCCUAAAAACGUUCAACGACAAAUUAUAUCAAAUCAAGUUAAAAGAAAAGCUAUAGAAAAGCCGUUAAAAUUAAUUAACAAACAAAUAUUUACUGAAAAAUCAACAAAUGAUCUCAAAAUUGAAGACAUAUCAAAUAUACGACAAAAUUUAUAUAGAGCAAGAAGAAAAUCUAUACUAAAAUUACCCAAGAAUUUGCGAGAAACUCAGGAAAUAAUAAUGUCCACAACAACACUUACAAAUAGAAAUGAAGAAUAUUUAUUAAUAAAUGAUUUUGAAAAUAAUAUAACAGCGUUUUCAACGGUAACUAAUUUAAAGUUCAUCUGUUGUCAAGAAAAAAUAUUUAUGGAUGGGACCUUUUCUUACUGUCCGAAAUAUUUUUACCAAUUAUUUACGAUUCACACAGUAAAUAAUGGACAUUAUAUUCCAUUAAUUUUUUUUCUUUUACCGAGUAAAGAAUCUAUUGUCUAUGAAAGAGCUCUAAAGGCUUUAAUUGAUAUUUGUGAAUCAAAAUUAUCAAUUAAAUUCAAUCCAAAAGUAUGUGUUGUAGAUUUUGAGAAAAGUUUACAUAAUGCUAUAAUUACUGUUUGGCCUACUAUAAUUUUACACGGCUGUCGUUUUCAUUUAUCUCAAGCAUGGUGGAGAAAAAUUCAAAAUUUAGGCUUAACUAGUGAGUAUAAGAAUGAUUUAAGUGAAAUUGGACAAUGGUUAAGGUGGAUAUUUGGUCUAUCACUACUUGAACCAGAAAAUGUUGGAAAUCUCUUUGCAAACGAUUUUAUGAGUAUAAAAUCUACGGAUGAACGGGUAACUCAAUUUAGUGAUUAUCUUAUUAAUAUGUAUAUUGACGAAGACGCAACUUUUCCACCAUUUAUGUGGGCGUCGUGCAGUAUAUCAAGUGAAAGAACUACAAAUGCCUGCGAGUCGUUUCAUUCAGCAUUCGGAAAAUACUUUUACUCAGCACACCCAAAUAUUUUUGUAUUUUUGGAAGUUUUGAAACUUAUACAAGCUACCUAG